UCAGCCGAAUCUCCUCCCCCCCCACCCUCCGCCAUGGAAAGCGAGCUCAAAGACCUCUCCUCCCCCGCCCCCGCCGCUGCCCCGCCCCCGCGCCCCGCCUCCGCAGCCGCCGACAAGGACGACCGCCCCCUCCUCAAGCUGGAGCCGGAGCCGGAGCCGGAGGCCGGGGCCGAGGCCCCCGCGAUCACGCCGGAGAACCUGGCGGAGCUCGAGAAGCGGUUCGCCGCGUACGUCCGCCGCGACGCGUACGGCAGCAUGGGCCGCGGCGAGCUCCCGCUGGGGGAGAAGCUGCUCCUCGGCGUCGCGAUGGCCACGCUCGUGCCCGUGCGCGUGGUCGCCGCGCUGGCGAUACUGGUGGCGUACUACCUGAUCUGCAGGGCCUGCACGCUGCUCAAGGCGCCGAACCGGGAGGAGGAGGGGGAGCAGGAGGACUACGCGCACAUGGGAGGGUGGAGGAGGAAGGUGAUCGUCGCGUGCGGGAGGGUGUUGUCCCGAGCCAUGCUCUUCGUGAUGGGGUUCUAUUGGAUCGACGAGACAUUUCGUGGCGCUUCCGGCGGUCCUGAAAAAGCUGGCAAGGAACAACAUGAAGAGCACGAAAGACCAGGGGCAAUCGUUUCCAAUCACGUGUCUUACGUCGACAUCUUGUACCACAUGUCUUCUUCCUUCCCAAGCUUUGUUGCCAAGAGAUCUGUGGCUAAACUUCCUCUGGUUGGUCUCAUCAGCAAAUGCCUUGGCUGUGUCUAUGUUCAACGAGAGUCCAAGUCAUCUGACUUCAAGGGUGUUUCCGGUGUUAUCACUGAAAGAGUUCGGGAAGCUCAUCAGAACAAAGAUGCUCCAAUGAUGAUGCUUUUUCCAGAAGGCACAACCACAAAUGGGGACUACCUGCUUCCUUUCAAGACAGGUGCCUUUUUGGCAAAAGCUCCUGUGCUUCCGGUGAUCCUAAACUAUCCUUAUCAGAGAUUUAGUCCUGCCUGGGACUCGAUAAGUGGGGUGCGCCAUGUGAUUUUUCUUCUCUGUCAAUUCGUAAAUCAUAUUGAAGUGACGCAUCUGCCUGUUUACUACCCUUCAGAGCAAGAAAAGGGUGAUGCAAAACUGUAUGCUAAUAAUGUCAGAAGGCUGAUGGCUAAAGAGGGUCAUUUGAUUCUAUCAGAUAUUGGCCUUGCUGAGAAGCGUGUAUAUCAUGCGGCUCUUAAUGGUUUGAUUUGCCAAUGCUAAUCUGGAUAUGCCGUCUGUGUAUUUAUUACUCAAUUCUAUUAUUAAUUCAAACAAAUUAAAAAAUCAUUGUCAAAAUCCUGUGCAGAACCAGAACACUUGCAUUGAACCCGACCAAAAUGUAUUUCCAAACCGUAGUGUUUUUCCUCUGUAGCUAGCGUGGCAUUUUUGAAUCUGGCCACAGUUUCGUUUUUAUGUUUUCAGAUUAAUUAACUCUACCUUGAAUAUGUUCUCAUAGAGGCACUUCUUGUAUAGCCAUGGGAAAAGGGAGCAGCAGUUUAGUCGGCUUGUAGGUUUAGCUUGGGAGUAGCGGUAGCCACAAUUCCAUAUCGACAUUAUACUUAAUUAGUGGGUGCUCAUAUGAAAUAUAUUCAGGAUUACCUGCAA